AUGGACUACAACACUUGCCUACUUAUAUAUCUGGCAGGGUUACCUGUAAUACUCGCAUAUGAUGAUUUAUCUUAUAAUAAACUCGCUACCCAAUCACCGAUAUACCCUAGUUCUAAUACGUUAUAUUUCGCACGUAAUGCCGUCGAUAGAAAUUCAUCAACGUGUAUGAGGACUGACUUAAUAGGACGCCAUUCUCAUUACAAGAAGAUGUGGUGGAAGGUGGAUCUUGGUGGAAUUCACAACAUUUAUAGCAUUGACAUCCUGUUUAAAACCUACGACAGUUACGAAAAGCGACAGCGGGGUCGAUUCGCCGGAUUUUCCCUGUAUGUAUCAAACAACGGUGAAAUAAAGGAUUCCAUUCUGUGUUACAAGGACGGACCUCAGUUACCGCCCCUGAAUUUUACAUCCUUGUGUACAGAGUACGGACGCUAUGUCAUCUUUUACAAUGAACGACUGGAUGGAAAUGUCUACCCAGAAGGCUAUGAAAUUGGCUUUGUUUUCACAGAGCUGUGUGAAGUCAUUGUACAUGGUUGUAACAAAUCUGGAGUGUAUGGCGUUAAGUGUGACACACCUUGCCCCACAAACUGUAAGCACAACGUGUGUCAUAUACAGAAUGGGACAUGUUAUGGUUGUCAACCUGGAUGGAUGGGAACUAGGUGCUUUAUAAAAUGUAGAGAAGGAUGGUAUGGUGCAAACUGUAGUCACCAUUGUGUAGGACAUUGUAGAGAUGGGACGACUUGUAAUCACGUGACUGGUCGGUGUGACAGAGGAUGUGAUGCUGGGUGGACAGGGUUAUUUUGUGACAAAGAGUGCAUUGAUAGGACUUAUGGAUACGACUGUGUCAACAACUGUAGUAGUCACUGUUUGGGAGAUUCCUCGUGUAACAAACAGACUGGUCACUGUGACAGAGGUUGCAACGCAGGAUACACUAAUAGCUAUUGUAGCAAAGCUUGUCCACAUGGAUAUUAUGGAGUGGAAUGCAGAGGCAUAUGUAGUGGACAUUGUAUGAGAGAAGAACCAUGUGACCAUGUCAGUGGAGAGUGUUCUAAUGGUUGUCAGGACGGGUAUACUGGAGUACGCUGUAACAUAUUUUGCAGAGACGGCUAUUACGGCAGACACUGUUCUUAUGUUUGUCCCUUUACCUGUCUGACAUGUCGACACACAGACGGACUGUGUACUUGUAAGGCAGGAUGGACGGGCCCCAGAUGUAAUGAAGAAUGUUUUCAGUCUUUUGGAGUGAACUGUCAAUAUCAAUGCAGUGAAUUCUGUGUAAACCGAACAUGUGACAGAUUCAAUGGAAGUUGUUUGUAUGGUUGUAUGGAUCACAAAAAAUGUUAUGAAGACACAGCUAAUCUACAGAAAGUUGAUCCAAAGCUGACAGUGCCACCUUCCAUGGCAUGGAUGGUUGGUUUCUCAAUAUCACUUGCCAUCAACGUUUUCGUUAUCAGUGCCAUUUUGAUUAGGCUAUGGAAAAAAAGAAGUAAACGCCCUCAAAAUCAGAGUGAUACCAAUGAUGACGGCUCUCAUUACCAAGAACUCAGUGUAUCUAAAGGGGACAAAACGUACCAAACUCUGACAGUUACGUGAUUAAACUUAUGCCAUGGUAUUUGUCAAUAUGCAGCAUAAACUAAAAUGUAAUACAAAAUAAAUAUGUGAAGGUUAUUGAAAAAAAAACA